GAACAACCUCAAGGUCAUAACACUCAAGGUCUCUUGAACUCUCAUGUAUAACAUACGGAGGAAGUAACAUUAGAAAUUAAAAUUAAUGAUUGAGGAUAAGUCUACUGGUUUUCAGUUGCCGGAUAUUUGGAAUGAUGAUGAUGCGAUGUAUUCUCUGAUGCAACCAAUACGGCGGUCAAAGCUUGUGGAUCCCGUUAAUUAUAACGCAAAAAUCACGUUCUGGAAAAGAACAUUACUGUCGUAUGCCAAAAGUCAGAAAGCCUAUGUUGUGUGUAUAGAUUCACUUCAAAAACUGUUCACUCGGCAUUUUCCUGUCGAGGGUGUGGAUUUGUUUCCACAGUCUCUUGGUGAAGUAAUUACAGAGAUGGAAUCAGAAGGCUUAUUGGAGCCAGUUAUACCUCCUAGAAGUAUAUUAGGAAACAUUUUUACAGCUUUAUCAUAUGUUGUUCACCAACCGGCCCUGUGGGCAUAUCAAUACUUAAGUGGUCAGCAGUCCUCCAGUAAAACAGAAUCUGAUAUGUUGGAUCAACAGUUUGUGUUUACUGAGUUUGCUGAAAGUUCUGCAGCGGAGUUCAUGUCUUGGUUCCAUGAAAAUUACUGUGAUCAAAGGUUGUUACCCCAUUCUCCUGUUUAUGACCUAGACGUUUUCAAUUCAGCUCUAUCACGCUUUUACUCACAUGCUGCCACUCGUGAAUACAUUUGGAACUUGCUGAAGAACAUCAAACACUGUGUUUCUGUUGAAACAACUUCGACUACAAAUGCUAAGCCGAUUCAAAUUGUUCGCGUUGGUGAAAAUAUAAAUACUCGACCAGCUAAACCACCCAAUUCUGAAACUGCAAAGAUGGAAUCAUCUGUGUUGAGUGGGAUUGUUCAACUUAAAACUACAAUUGGGCAACUCGAAAAUGAAGAGGAAAGGUUGGAAACUACAAUCGAACAGAAUCGUGCUCAGAUCAAAUCUCUGUUAAUGAAUAAAAAGUAUGUACACAUCUGUUCCUUUCUGUUAGUCCUAUAUUAUGGCUUUUCCCAAUUGAACGUCGUUAUAUUUACACCUGUUUAUUUCUUUCACAGGAAUUUAGAAGCAAAGUCUUUGUUAAGACGUACCAAAGUAUUAGAAAAGUCCUUAGAUCAAAAGCAAACGCAACUCAAUAAUCUUGAGAGAAUGUUGUUAGAUAUACAAUCUGCAGCUGAAAAUAGGAAUAUUGUACGCGUUCUGGGUAGUGUUAAUGAAGCACUUAAGCUAGCGGUCGGAGGAUCUGAUGCUCUGAAUAAAGCGGAAGGUAUUGUUACUGAUGUGAUGGAAAGUAUUCAUGAAAGUCAGGAGAUUUCGGAUGCUCUUAGCUCUUAUGGACGUAGUUCUUUCAAUUUGGAAGACAUGAGUGAUUUGGAACAGGAGCUGAAUGAUUUUCUUAGUCCACCAAAGAAACCUUUGUCUCCAGAAAGAGUACAGCGCCCCAAUUAUGAUGAUUUAGAAGCUGAACUUGCCUCUCUCACAUUAUCAACAGACAAAAUAUCAUCACUGCCUAAUCCAAAUUCACCUUCAACUAAAAAGAAUCCUGUUCUAUCGGAUGGUUAAAGAACCUAAUAAACAUUAAUGUGUUUAACUUUCACCUUUGAGCUUUCAAACCUCGUGAAUUUCAGUGAACUGAAAACAUAAUUCAAACUUCGCUUCAUGUACACUUGUUUUGCGAUCUUUUUCAUAUAUAUACCUUAUUAUUUUUUUCCUUUAAAGUGUACUUUUUCAUAUUGGCUUACUUAGUUUUAUUGAUAUGGAUGUGUGGCUCAUUGGCUGGAGCGCUUGGUUCCAGCCGAUGAGUGACGGGUUCGAUUCCCACUCAAUCUACAUUAGCCUGCGCAACUGGGUAGUAUCUUCUACCCUCACACAAUGACUGUAUCUCUUAGCUUGGUGCAUGUAAAGUCUGUUCUGGGUAACCGAGUCCAAACAGUUUUAUUGAAAAGAUUAGCCAGCAUUCGAAAUCAUCUUAGGAGUCUUACAGUGUACAGGUCUUUAUUGAUUAUGUAUGAAUCUUUAAGAAAUAGACGACUCUGAUGUGACACUCACAAUUCACUCCAAGUAUAUUAUAUAUAUACAUAUAUAUAUGAUUGUGCUGAGAUAAAAAAUGGCCCAGUAAGGUAUCACAGCUAAUACAACUAUUCUUCUAGGUGUAGCUGUAGCAGACAGGUGAAAAACUGUUGGUAACUCCUGUUAUGCUUUAUAUCUUUUACUUUGCGUUAGCGGUAUGAGAAUAAACUUGUUCUGCUAAUGUUGACGGAAAGUCAAAAAACAGAGAUUCACCUGAAACGGUCAAAGACAAAGACUUGGUAAAGGAAUGUGUAUCUGGAUAUUGGUACCUCUAUAUAGCCAAAUUAUGUAUACCUCAUCUUCAACGCACCACCUGCACAGAUCUUCAUGUUGUCGUACUUCUGGACUUCAUGUUGUGUUUCUUUGUGUUCUUUUCACGUCUCCCGUGUAUCUCCACAACACUGUACCAUUUGCCUCCUCAUAAAUCAAAUGUAUCUUCAUGCUGUUUGAUGUUUGGUGUCUAUUAAUAAACUACUGUGAACAUGUUGAAUGAAACCGG